UAUCACUCAGUUUUGGUAUUUUUUGAGGUUAUCAGGCAGUGAUUUUUUUUAAUUUGCCGAAAUCAAAUCAAAAUGUCCAAAGCUCACCCACCAGAAUUGAAAAAAUUCAUGGACAAAAAGCUUUGUUUGAAAUUGAAUGGAGGAAGACAAGUCACAGGCAUUUUGCGAGGAUUUGAUCCUUUCAUGAACCUGGUAGUCGACGAAUCCAUUGAAGAAUGCAGAGAUGGGUCGAAAAACAACAUAGGAAUGGUGGUUAUCCGGGGCAACAGUAUUGUGAUGCUUGAAGCUUUGGAUCGAAUAUAGAUUUUUGAUGGUGAAGUUGUAAUAAUAAGAUAUUUCUCAAGUAAAGAUAGUUAAGACAAUG